AUUGAUGAAAUGAAUUGAAGAGGAAAUGAUCGAGCCCACUUGAGUAUGUGAAUGAGCAGUUGGGCUGGCCAUGGGAUUGAGAGAGAGAGAGAAUGAAGCAGAAGGAUGCACAUGGAGUUUCAGUGGUGAACGUGAAAGACCCAAAAAGAGGAAAAGGAAAGGUUGCUUCAGUGAAGGAUUUGGUUUGGAAAAGAGGAGAAAAAGAGGAAUGUGGAUAGAUAUAUGCUUCCAUCUGUGUGUCUUUUUUUCUUCAAGAUCUGCUUUAGUGCACUUUCCUAUCAUGGGUCCCUUUCUCUUGUAGAAUUAUGUCUUACAUGGAAAUUGGAAGUAAUCGUCUUUCUUGAAUGUGACCUUUAUGCACGAAAUGGGUUUUGUUUUUAACUAGUCAAUUGAAAAGCAAAGUUAAAAACAUUAGUGUGGAAUCAUAUUUCAUGCUGUUGAAUCUGUAAUAUUACAUAUACCCACCAGUCCAGCAUAAAGAAGAUGCCCAACUAGAAUAAAGCAUCUUUCAAAUUGAAGAAUUUUACUCUUGUUCUUGGAUGGGUCUGGGUAGGCUUUCACAUCAUUCUCAGACAUGUUCAUUAUCUUGUUGACAAAGGGUGUUGCUCAGUGCAUCUUAGGUAAAGGAAGCUCUUUUUCUGUCUGGGUCUGUGUUGUGAUUAUAUGCUUCAUUUGUUUUCAAGAAUUCUCCAAUCUCCAUAUCUAUUCUUAGGAUUAAAUGUAAAUCCUCUGUUGGGAAGAUUGACAGAAGGGACAGAUGUUUACUGUUGAAAAUAGAUUUUGUAGGUAGUCCAACUACUGUUUUAGUGUUUCUGAUAAAGUUACGGCUUUCUUUCAGCCGAUUACUUUAAGGAAAUAUAUGAGGAAUAAUUGUGGUCUACAUCACCCCCUUUUCUAGCUUUUUUCCUUUUGCUACAGAUCCGUUUCUUUCUUCUCUUGAAUCAUGGCAUUUCUGGCACUGCAUAGCUGUAAGGUAGGUAUACAACAUCCAUUCUCUCUGAACUUUGUCUUUUAAUUUCUCUUUUCAUAUUUUCAUCUUGAGUUCAAUAUCCCAUUAUUGUUUCUCUGCUCUUAAUCACAUGCCUACUUCAGGCUUUAGCCUUUAAAAAAAAAAAUUGUACAUAUAAAUUCCCAUGUUGCAG